CUAUUUAAUUGUGUUACAUUAAAAUUCCUUUAAACAUAAAAUUAUUGGUGUGUCUCUAUGUAAUUGUUUUAUGACAAAUCAGGGGUUCUUUCAGACACUCUUAGGCCAGAAGUAUUUCAUUUUAUUAGUUGUAAAUAAAGUCUCAGUAAUAAACAGUUAUGUUACUUGAUAGUAAUUGUUGUUUUCUAAACACCGUUUUAAAUUUGGAUUUAAAAUGAUGUAAAAUAUGCUUCAUUGUUUAAUGUACAAAGUAAUAAUUGUAUUUUUCAGACAAAAUGAUUUUGAAUGAGAACUGAACCCGUAAUCGAGAAGAAUCUAGAAAAUGGAUGAAAGUACGUUGUGCUGUCUUCACUGCAAUGAAGUAUUCACCACGAAGAGUUCUCUAACGGAGCACUUCAGGGAACUACACGCGGCUGAUGUACCAAGAAGAAAAAUUGCCCGCUAUCUCUGCGACUUUUGCCCAAAGCACUUUGCAGAUUCCUGGACUGCGAAACAUCACAAGAAAACUGUUCAUUUAUCAGUUCGAGAACACUCAUGUGAUACAUGCAAGAAAGCAUUUUUAUCCAAGAAGGAUUUAAGAAGACACAUAAAGGGUGUUCAUGAGAAGCAGAGAAUUAUUUAUCCUGGGCAGAAAACUAAAGGAAAGAAACAAGAUAAGUUGCUUCGCCAGAACCAUCUCGUUGAUGCUGAGUCUGAAGAUGGACCGGAGGACGGUGGGGAACAGGAGCAGGUGGAAGACGACGGAGGAGAACCGGAUCAAACCAGACUAGGAGAACACGGAUCAAACCAUACUGAGAGCUCCAGCAGGGAUCAUCAAUACACAGAAGAGUUGCUAACUGUAAAUAAUCAUGAUUUGAUAAAUACUCCGGGUUCGUUCUCCGGCCAGCUCAACCCAUCAUCAGAUCUACACUCUAAAUCCGACCUGGAGUUUAUCAGUCCAGAGCUAUUUUCGAACCUUCCCCAGAUGUUCGCAAAUUAUAGUAAUAAUCUAUUUUCCGAGGAAGAAUCAAGUUGUACGGGUGCCCGUGUUUCCGUGAAUGUAUCCCAGACAUCUACACCUAUCUCGGGACUUCCGGUCAAUAUUUCCAGGCUCUCAUUUCCGGUCAACACGAUUGAAAGAAGGAGAAGAAAAGGAUCUCCAUUGAAAAUGGUUUCUAGAGAAGCUUUGCUGAACACUAGUUUACUUGAACCAGAUGACCCGGAGAGGUUUUUUCGGAACGGAUCAGUUGAUGAGAUUGAAGCUGGUUCCAAGGUUGACUUUGAUCAGAGGGAAGAUCUUGAUGCUACUGAUGGAUAUGAGAAUGCUAAUUCGGAUGAGGAUGAUAGUUCUCAGGAUGGAUUCAAUGAUCAGGUUGGGCCUGUGUUCCAGCUGGAGAACCUGGAGAACCUUCAGCUGGUUCUACCGGAACAAGGAGAACCUCAGAUAGUAAUCCCGGAAACAGGAAUCCGGUUAAAAAUCUCUGGAAAAUCUCGAUCUCGCAGCAAUGAUGCAGAUAGCCAAGUUCUAACCAUCGUGCCUGGUACAUCUGGACAAACGAAAGAGUGUGAAGAACUCAUUGGAGAAGGAGAAGAGAAUCUUUAUUAUAUUUCGCCUUAUCAGGCGCAAGCAUUGGUAUUAGAAGGGGAGGGUGAGAAAGAAACCAACCAAGAACUUGAACAAGAACAUGAUCAGGGAGAGAUCGUUCUCAAUUCUGAUCGUUCAGAAUCAAUAAACUUUCAAUCUGAAAAUUCUGGAGAUGAGGAAAUAAUUUCAAAGGUAUCCAUGGUAGACAGCAAUGGUAAUCAGAACAAUAGUGUCGAAUCAGCUGUUUCCGGCGUGCUGGUCUACAAAAAAAUGGCGGACAAAAAUAAACUCGUGGAUUUUACUCAUUUUGAGAUUAAUAAUAGAGUUGCCUUACUUAACGAAAGUUCCUCGCUAGAAGUUGAUAGAGAAGACUGCCUGCCCGAGAUUAGUAUAGAGGAGAAGAUUGCAAACCUAAUUGAUGAACGAAGUGGUAGAAUUGAUCUGAGUAGAGCAGUUUCUUGUGAUUUAUGUGAUCGACGGUUUAUCUCCGAGGAGUACUUGAACAAGCACAUAAAGGAGCUGCAUCCAGCAUCACCUAGGUUUAUGCUGGAGCUUGACCAGGGACUCAUAUCAGAGGAGAUGUUUGAAGAUCUUGUCGAAGUAGCUGAGCCCGCCAUGCUUCCAAUCAGUGAAGUUCUUGAGACCAAAACAACGUAUAAAUGUGAUCACUGUGAAGAAGAGUUUAAGCUGAAAGGUUUGCUGACGAAACACAAGAAGAACAAUCACAAUGUCAAGUUAAAGUUUGAGUGUAAACAAUGUGAGAAAUGCUUUUCAUCUGAUCAGAGUUUGAAGCUUCACACAACCUCUGUUCAUGACGGAGUGUCCAGUGUUUGUAGAAUCUGUCUCAAGCCUGUUAUUGAUAUCACUCGACAUAUUCGGCUUCAGCACAAAAAUACAGAAGAACGUUUUGCUUGUCAACUCUGCCAUCUCAGAUUCAGAACCCUGUUCUCUAUGCAACGGCACAAGAUGAUGGUGCACCUCAAGCUGCGCCCCUACACCUGUGAUUAUUGUGAAAAAUCCUUCGGAAGUAAACGUGAUAUGGAGAGACACAAGAAAUCUCAACAUUUUCGAAUCAAGAAUAUUGAACGAAAGGAGUGGACUUGUCCAUUAUGCAAAAUAGCAUUUGAUAAAAGAAAUAAAUAUGACAGGCAUAAGAAGAGUGUUCACAAUAACUCAAGUGAUCUUGAAAUACUUUCCUUUCUCUCUGGCGAGCUCAAGUCACGUGUUAUGGAGGUCGUCAUUAAUUCUUCAUCCCUGGAUCUCUGAUCUUAGUUGGAGGUCGUUUUUGAUUCUUCAUCCCUGGAUCUCAGAUCUUAGUUGGAGGUCGUCAUUGAUUCUUUAUCCCAGAAUCUCAGAUCUUCUUAUGUAUUCCAGUGAGACCCAAAAGACUGUGGAAUUUAUAGACGACUGUUAUUACUUACUUACAGCCAUCAGAUCCUCGGGGGGACACAGGCCAUCAACAAAUCCUUUCAAGGAUUAAGCUCGAUUACAUAAGAAGCCGGCUUUAUAAUCAACCAUUAUACUCAAGUUAUAAUUUAAAUAUUUCAUUUAACAUCAAGCACAGUAAUUUAUUUAUAAGUCGAUUUUCAAGCUAUUUGCUUUAUAACACCGUAAAAUACACAUAAGGUUGCUGAAAUGUUGUCUUCCAAUUCCACAGUUUUUAUGUGUCCGACUGUAUAAAAUAAUUUAAACCAAGCUCUCAUUAAUUAUCAGAACUCUUUAUCUCUCUGGCUGUGAAAAAUUUUAUAUUUCAGA